UGGAGCACAGCGCGGGGGUGAGGACGCCCGCCGUCAGCAUACACGCUACCCUACUCAACCAUAAAUCUGUCAUUUCAAAACAUAUCAGGCUUUUUUUGAGCGCAAAAUCGAGGUGACUAUCCCGGACGCUCUGGCUCGCUGAAUCAAGGACGAUUUUUAAUUCUUAAAACGUGUCCGAGUCCGAGACGGGAAGACAUGGCCACGACUACAUGCACACGCUUCACGGACGAAUAUCAGCUGUACGAGGAGCUGGGCAAGGGAGCGUUUUCAGUGGUGCGACGAUGUGUGAAGUUGAGCACGGGCCAAGAAUACGCCGCCAAAAUCAUCAACACCAAAAAACUCUCCGCGAGAGACCAUCAGAAGCUCGAACGAGAAGCUCGAAUCUGUCGUCUGCUGAAACACCCCAAUAUCGUUCGUCUGCAUGACAGUAUAUCAGAGGAGGGCUUCCACUACCUACUGUUUGAUUUGGUGACUGGAGGUGAACUGUUUGAAGACAUUGUAGCCAGAGAGUACUACAGUGAAGCAGAUGCCAGUCACUGUAUCCAUCAGAUUCUAGACAGUGUCCAUCAUAUUCACCAACAUGACAUAGUGCACAGGGACCUGAAGCCAGAGAAUCUGCUCUUGGCCAGUAAGUGCAAGAACGCCGCUGUGAAGCUGGCCGACUUUGGACUGGCUAUUGAGGUGCAGGGAGACCAGCAGGCAUGGUUUGGAUUUGCAGGGACACCAGGUUACCUGUCCCCUGAGGUGCUGAGGAAGGAAGCAUAUGGCAAACCGGUGGACAUCUGGGCCUGCGGUGUGAUUCUGUACAUUCUGCUGGUUGGAUAUCCACCUUUCUGGGACGAGGAUCAGCACAAACUUUACCAACAGAUCAAAGCGGGAGCUUAUGAUUUUCCAUCUCCAGAAUGGGACACAGUUACUCCUGAAGCCAAAAAUCUCAUCAAUCAAAUGCUAACCAUAAAUCCUGCCAAGAGAAUCACUGCACAGGAAGCUCUCAAACACCCAUGGGUCUGCCAACGCUCUACUGUGGCUUCCAUGAUGCACAGACAAGAGACUGUGGAAUGCCUGAAGAAGUUCAACGCCAGGAGGAAACUCAAGGGGGCCAUCCUCACCACCAUGCUUGUGUCACGGAACUUCUCUGUGGGUAGCAGGCAGACCACGGCUCCCGCCUCGGUCACUGUGGCUGCGGCUGCAGUAGCCGCGGCUGCAGGCACCACAGCAGGGCUGGUGGAACAAGCAGCCAAGAGCUUGUUGAACAAAAAAGCAGACGUUAAGCCCCAGACAAACAGCACCAAAAACAGCAUAGUCACCAGUCCCAAGGGAAACCUCCCCUCUCCUGCACUGGAGACACAGACCACUGUCAUCCAUAAUGCAGUGGAUGGGAUUAAGGAGUCGUCGGACAGCAGUAAUGCCACAGUGGAGGAUGAGGAAAUGAAAGGAAAGCUUGUAGAUAACAGUUCAGCUCAGUCAAACCCCAGCACCCAGCCUGACUCCGCCCACACACCUCCAGGCCCCUCCCCCGCUCUCUUCACUGCCACUAAGUUCACUGAUCUAUUGGGUGUGGUUCGCCGGGGCUCGGUGCCCACAUAUGAUGGUGAGGGGGGGAGCACUAUCACUCCAGCUGUUGUUUCUGCCCCCUCCACUCCCCAGACCCCUAACAUUCCCACACAGAUGUCACGUUUGACUGAUCUAGUGAGCAGUGUGCGCAGACCUACAGCCCCUCAUACAGACAGUGAGCCAUCAGCAGCCAGCAGACCCCUUACUGCCCCAGUAUCUGCCCCAUCACACCCCUCCCCUUCCCCUGCCCAACCGUCCUCGAGCCCCCUGCUGUCAGCACAUUCACGCAAACAGGAGAUCAUCAAAAUCACUGAACAGCUUAUUGAGGCCAUCAACAAUGGCGACUUUGAAGCCUAUGCUAAAAUCUGCGACCCUGGACUCACCUGCUUUGAACCUGAGGCCUUGGGAAACCUGGUGGAGGGGAUGGACUUCCACAGAUUUUACUUUGAGAACUUGCUGUCUAAGAACAGUAAGCCCAUCCACACCACCAUCCUUAACCCUCACGUGCACCUGAUUGGAGAUGAGGCCGCCUGCAUCGCCUACAUCCGCCUCACGCAAUAUGUGGAUGGGCAGGGCCGGCCGCGCAGCAGCCAAUCGGAAGAGACGAGGGUGUGGCAUCGCCGGGACUCUAAAUGGCAGAAUGUCCAUUUCCACUGUUCGGGAGCUCCAGCCGCCCCUCUACAGUGAAGGUUGAGCUCAUUGUAGCCACAUCUAACAAGAGAGCCCAGCCAGAAAUGGAGAGUGCAAGAGUAAAAGAGAGAGAGUGAGGGAGGGGAGAAGUUGGAGAGAGGGAGGAAGGAAAGCGAAGCCCAGUGAUGGGUAGCUGUGAGUCUGCAGUGCCUGACCCUCCCACAAUGGGCCCGGCCCCCUCACCUGCCAAUCACUUUUGUGCGUUGUCUUCUGUCUUACCUUCAGCUUUACCCCCUCCCUCCCAGACACCGUCCCUGUAUCUUUACACCCGUGCAGAGACUCCCCUCGUUGUGCACAUGUGCUGUGUGGAAUUGGACAGUCUUUGAUUAGUACGGAUAAUAAGGCCUCAGCGAGUCGUCUGUGAAAUGCCAUGCUUUCUGUCGCACCUUCCCAGUGUGAGUAAUGUUACACUGAUUCGCCGUCCUCACUUACAGUGUGUAGAUUUUCAAUAUUAUUGUUAUUCUUCUUAUUAUUAUUAUUAAUAUUGUUCUUACUGUUGUUAUUAGUAUUAAAUGCAAAAGCAAUUGUAUGUGUCACUUACACAAUUCACGUUCUGGAUGCCAAUGAUUUGUAAUUUAUGCCUUUUCUUUUCCGAACAUUUUUGGAGAGCAUGAUUUUUUCACUAUAUCACCACGGAAAUGGCCGCCGUUUAUGUACAGGCUUCUCAGUGCGAUUCAUAUCCAACCGAAGCGUCUGUCCAUGUGUGUUCAAACGUUAGUGGACAUUUGUUGGUAUGUGUGACUGUUUUGGGGCAGAUUCUACCAGAGCCUGAUAAAGAACGACGUGACGUUCGGGGUCUUCCAGCUUUAGUCGUUAUUUCUCGCAUCGUUAGCUCAAAUUUGGAAUAAUUCAGCAGAUUUGCUGUCAGUUGGCGAACUUCAUAUUGGAUGAACAAUCCCUUGUUCUGGAAAGCCACAAUUGUGCUUUAUAUGUAACCUGUUGCAACGUUAGUAUUAUAUUUUAGUGUUAGUGUUGCGAUGUUUUGAAUUUUUUUCGUUUCUUCUUCAGCUGAGCCAGCGUGUUAGGUUGGACCGACUGAAUCAAACUAAAAGCCAUACCUCAGCUGAACAUACAGUAGGCAUACCAGAUGAUGACCUCCUCAUUCAUGUGUCUUCUCGGACUAUGGAAAGAUGUGGACAUCCAAUGACAUCAUUAGAGGAGAUUGUUCUCAAAAAAACAACUAUUGUAUCUCAACACUAGUCAUAGUGGAGGUUUAAAGUCCUUGGAGGCCAUUAGAGAGCAGCUGAUUGAAGGAAUUUUGGUGGGUUUUUAGCUGACGGAGUUACAUAUUUUUGCUUUUUAGCGUUUUUUUGCUCUUAUAUGUUGACAUUUAUAUUUUUCGUGACAUAUAGCGUUGACUUAUCAAUAUUACUCAUUCUAUUUUUGAGAGUUUAUAUAUAUUUUGUUUGUCGUCGGUGUGUGAGACUUUUAAGGAGAGUGAAAAUGUUGUCACCCUGGAUCCUUUUUAAAGUGUGUUUACCCUUUGGAUGGGCAAAGUGCAAGGAGUGUGAAAGUCUUUCGAAGAAUGAAGAGGUUCGUAGUCGAAAUCGGCAGCAAUAGUUUUAUAUGUCAGAAGAUGGUAAGAUAUAGUUUAUGGAGUGCAUGUCACGCCUCGUACAACUUUAUACUGGUUUCACUCUACUUCUAAAGGGUUUGAACCGUGGUGAACUGACGCGUCAGUGUGACAUCAUCACCCGGUCAUGUGACUAUUUUAUUGACCUUGUGUCCUCAGGUUGUAUUUAUUUAUUUGAUAUUAUUAUCGCAACUUCUUACAUGCUUCUUACGUUUGUGUACGACACUUUGUCUAAUGUUUGAACUCACUAGCUUUGAGCCACGUCAUAUCGAUGAUGACUACUGAUCUUUUUUUGUUGUUAUUAUUUGAAAGAAAUUGUCUCUCACACAGAUAAAAAAAGAGGCAAUCUUUUAAAAUCCAAUCAAAAUAUUUCUCUCAAACAAAGCGACCCCGCGAGGCACGUGUACUCGUUUGUGCUCCGGUGUUCUGCUUCUGUUAUAGUUGUGUCUCAUUCUUCAAUGCUUUAUCUCAUGCAAAACUUCACCUGUGUUUAUACGAGUGAUCAGAGUUCCACACCUGUCUGCUCCCUAAAAGAAAAUCACAAAAAAAAACAAAGCAAAACAGCAUGUAAAAAGUGUACUGUUCUCGGUGUGUUUAGCAACGAAAAUAAACAUGUUGAAGAGUGAAAGUGCACAUCAGUAUUAAAACAGGACACACAGUAUUGAAACUGCAGUUUACUGCAUUUCAGCUGGAAUUUCUUUGCAUGAUAGUCACUUGAACACUAGGUUUGGUGUUAUCUUUGAUUUAAUUUUUUCUAUUGAAUGCUGGUUUACCUAAACCUUUCUCUUAUCUGUUUUACCAGCUUUGUUAAGUGCAUAUAUAUAUAUAAUAUUUUUGUCCCAAAAUUAUGCUGACAAUGGCUGUGUAAAUGACGAAGACUAUUGCUACGAAAUGUCGGUGAUUAUGGAAAUGGUGAUAUUUCUACGGCAUGCUUUUGUAUAAGCUCAUUGUUGUCAGUGCAGGGUGACUGAUAUUUAUAUUAACGACUAUAAGAUUUCUCAUUAGUAUGAGACUGCUUAACUUCAGAGAAGCACUUGCAAUAUUAGCUAAAUAUGCAUGGGUUUUUUCGAAAUCACUUAAAGCUAAAUUUGUAUCAGCAGUGAUAUAGAUCUGCUGUUUGUGCUUUGCGGAUAUUCACCAAACCUGAAUGGCCAAUAAAAUCAUGGAUUGUUUCUGACUUUUAUCAGUCUUUUAUGACUAACUUAACAAUUACAGCUCAGUAGAUAGCGGAGAUCCAGAAUAUUUUUACCUGUACCGACAACAUUGUCCAUCUUUAAGCACAGGACUGUUUCCGUUCGACUCGUCAUAUCACUUCUCUGAUUGGAAACCGUACCGGAUAGUUUCUCUGAAGUUGAGUUUUCUCACAGUAGCCCUCUGUUAGUUUUGUUUUUCUAUAUAUAAUAAUAUUCUCUUUGAUUUCUGAGGAUUCUUACUCUUGUUAUUGCUCUGUUCUCAAACAUGCUCUGUGUAUUCCCUGACUUAAGCAAAUGUGUUCAAAAUAUAUAAAUAAAUGAUUUAAAUACUGAAGAAUCAUGUGCAUGUAUUCAAAAUUGACAAGCAAUAUGUUUUUAAAGGGUUUUUACUUGA